AUGGGAGACGAGGUUCAGGCUCUGGUCAUCGACAACGGUUCGGGCAUGUGCAAGGCUGGCUUCGCCGGUGAUGACGCCCCCCGCGCUGUGUUCCCCUCGAUCGUCGGUCGCCCGCGCCACACCGGCGUGAUGGUCGGCAUGGGCCAGAAGGACUCUCCAAGCGUGGGUAUCCGUCACCCUCAAGCCGUGCUCUCGCUCUACGCCUCGGGCCGUACCACCGGUAUCGUGCUCGACUCCGGCGAUGGUGUCACCCACACCGUGCCCAUCUACGAGGGUUAUGCCCUGCCCCACGCCAUCCUGCGUCUCGAUCUCGCCGGUCGCGAUCUCACUGACUACCUCAUGAAGAUCCUCACCGAGCGCGGCUACUCGUUCACCACCACCGCCGAGCGCGAGAUCGUGCGUGACAUCAAGGAGAAGCUGUGCUACGUCGCCCUCGACUUCGAGCAGGAGAUGCACACCGCCGCCUCGUCGUCGGCCUCGAGAAGUCGUACGAGCUGCCCGACGGUCAGGUCAUCACCAUCGGUAACGAGCGCUUCCGCGCCCCCGAGGCCCUGUUCGCAGCCCUCGUUCCUCGGCAUGGAGUCGGCCGGUAUCCACGAGACCACCUACAACUCGAUCAUGAAGUGCGACGUCGACAUCAGGAAGGACCUCUACGGUAACGUCGUCCUGUCGGGCGGUACCACCAUGUUCCCCGGCAUUGCCGACCGCAUGCAGAAGGAGCUCACCGCCCUCGCGCCGUCGACGAUGAAGAUCAAGAUCAUCGCCCCGCCCGAGCGCAAGUACUCCGUGUGGAUCGGUGGCUCCAUCCUGGCCUCGCUCUCCACCUUCCAGCAGAUGUGGAUCUCCAAGGAGGAGUACGACGAGUCUGGUCCCUCGAUUGUCCACCGCAAGUGCUUUUGA